AUGGAACAAGACUGCGAGAUUGUGACUCGCGUCUUCCCUGCCGUCCACAGAUGCCUUACACAGUUCACUACGCAAGAAAAGAGCGGGGACCGCAAGGCACACAUUCCCCCGCUGCUUCAUGCUCUCCCAGAGAAAGCCUCGCCUACUGCACCACAUACAUUGCAUCUUGACCGACCUCCAUCACAGUACCACACUACACUACGACAGCGGACAGUGGUGAUCCAGGCAAGCCAGGUUACCAUGCAUGCCUAUGCCUUGCCCGCCCAGAGUUCUGAAAACCAAGGUAAGGUUGUCAGUCCCUUGGCCCUUCACACUCCACUACCAGGUGCGGCAUCUACGCAGCUUCAACCCCGUUCCAAACCUUCCGCGGAAUGCCCCCAGUUCCCUGCCAAGCGUGCCUUGGCCAUUGCAAAGUCUCGCCCAUCUUCAUUUAUUCCACAGUACUUGGAGUACGAGAUCAUGGGCAUGCAUAGCUUGACGAAAACGUCAAAUGGCUACCUGACGAUUUUAUGCCCUGACAGACAGGGGAAGCAAAAAGAUGAUGGAGUGUCGUUGAAGACAAUUACGCGCUACCUGCGAUUGGCUCCUCCAUCAGGUCUCACCCGUUGUGAAAAAGCAUGUAAUUGGGAUACGUUCGGCCAAAACGUCCACGCUCGCAAGCACCCCUCGCAAAUUCAUCCAAACAUGAUGAAUGGAGAGAGUAUCACAAUCCCGCAAAGGGAACUGCAUUCAGUCGUCCGCUGCUCCUCUUUCGGACCACUAUCUCGGAGAGCCAGCAGUAUCAGGUAA